GUCGCAAAGGCGCGUAGUCGCCAUGAAUCUUCCGUGAACAAAACAUCUUUAUAAAGUUUUUGAGAUAAAACCAAAAUGCUGUCUCACUGCGCUGUCUCAAACUGCACUGGAGGAGAGUCCGAUUCACAACCAUUAUUUAGGUUUCCCCUGGACUCUGAAAGGUGCAAGCAGUGGCUGGAGAAAUGUCAGCGGGAAGAUCUCAUUGACAAACCUGCAGAGCAACUGUACAAAUAUGAACGACUUUGUGGGAAGCAUUUUCAACAAUCUGCCAUUGAUAGUGAGGCACAGGGCAUGGUGCUGAAGGAAGAUGCUGUUCCCACCAUCUUUGACUCACCAGAAAUGCCUCAGAGCAGCCAGGGGAAGAGGAAAGAAGUUGCAAAACCCAAUGAAAAGGAUAUUAAAGGAAGAAAAAAGAUGAAAAAGCCUGAGCCUGAACCUGAACCUGAAUCUGCCGAUAGCACACAGCCACUGUCAGAAGAAGAUGAGAACAGAGAGUAUCUAAAGUCUCUAUUUGAGAUUGUGCUGCUGUUAGGAGGACAUAAUAUUUCUCCCACAUACCAAGGAGAGGACUCUGAGAACAAUCCAACGCUAAGCAACUUCCAAGCUCUGUUAGAUUAUCGCAUACAAAGUGGAGACGAUAUUCUAAGGAAAAAGUGGGAUGAGAAUAAGGAGAAGUUUCCAGAUGAGCUCAAUAAGAUGAUAGAAGUCUGUGAACAAUAUAUCCGUGGUAAACUAGUGGAAGAGGUCACGCAAAGUGGUAAUUUCUCAUUAAUUACCGACAAUUUGGUGACCAUCUCUGGAGAAUUGCUCCUCCCUGUUUUUGUUCGAUUUGUAGAUAAGACAAACAGCCAGCGUGAAAGCUUUCUUGGGUUGGUGUGCUUCAAUGGAGAGGAGGAUGUUGUGGCAGAAAAUGUACUGAAUGAAAUAAGUGAAAAAUGGGGGCUGAAAAUGGAGCAGUGUAAAGGCCAAGCCCAUUCCUGCUCUGGAACACAUUCUAGCAAGAUAAAAAAGUUUGCAGCCAAGGUAACAGAGAGAUUCCCAGCAGCAGUAUUAGCAAUACGAUCAACUCAAACGUUAAAUAUCUCACUAGCCAAUAGUUUGCCAUUGGUGGGGGUCCAGCUUGUCAUGUCUACCCUUAAGAAGAUUGGCGCUUUCUUCAGUCGCUCCGCCUUGUUGGGUGCAGAGUUUGAGCAAGCAAUUUCACUUUUUUAUGAAGACAGAGCAGAGAAAGCCAAUGCGUUAAAGGGCUACUGUCAAACUAAGUGGACAGAUAGCCACAAUGUUUUCGAAAUUGGGGUUGAAAUUUAUGAAUCAUUGCUUCUUUGGUUGGAUAGUGUGAAUGACAAUGAAGAUGUAAGGUGGAGUGACCAGGUUGCACAUGAAGCUAUGGUGAUUUCAAAAGCUCUGACUGAUUUUGAGUUUCUGAUGACGUUAAUUGUGUUGAAAAAUAUAACUGCUCUUACACAGGCUAUUGGUAAAAACAUGCAUGGAAAUGCUGCAGAUAUCAGUGGUGCAGCAAGCUCUCUUCCAGCAGUGUUGCAGUCAAUUAAGGAGGUGGCAGACAACAUUGACGUUUACCAUGAAUUCUGGUAUGAAGAAGCGACCAAUAUUGCAUCUGUAGUGGAUGUUACGGUGAAGGUUCCUCGGUCCUUUCUGAGAAAACAGUCAGAAUCUGUUGCAAUUCAUCAGGAGAAUUACUACAAGGAGUACGUGUCUUUUGCUGUGGUGAGUGGCAUAUACAAUGAGUUGAGUGAAGUCGUCAGUGAACAUGUCCUGAAAACGCUUAAAGGUCUGGCACUAGUUCCUGCCGCUAUCGAGCAGAACAAAUCUGCUAAACCUGAUGAGGAUUGUGUGGAGUUUUUUAAGAGUGACGUCCCAAAUGCAGAUAGCUUCUCUGCAGAGCUCAACUGUUGGUGGGUUAAAUGGAGCAAAAAGACCAAGCAGGAAUCUUUUCCCACAAAUGUCCAAGACACACUCCAGCUCGCUGACAUGAAGUUCUUCCCUAAUAUGUUGGCAGUUUUCAGAUUACUUGCCAUCUUACCUUGUUUGUCUUUUGACAAUACUAGCAAUGUGGUGUACCAGCGUUUCUCCAGGUACAUGGAAGAAGUCCCAGACAGAAUGAAAUCAAAAAGUGUUGCAUUUAUGAACAUAAAUUCUCAUGUCCAGUGUGAUCUGGAUUCACUGGUUGAUCUAUUUGUCAAAACUGAUCCUAAAUAAAAAAUAAAAAUAAAUAAAAAAAAGGUGCUCCUCUGAAAGGGUGAUUGUAGUGAGAACUUAUUAAAGAUGUGCUAUUUAUUAUUAUGAUUCAAAGCUGUAAAACACUUUUUGCCAUGUUUGUUGAAUUGCUGAAUUUGUAAUGGCCUUUUACAUUGUUAAGAUGUAGUGAAAAAUUAAAGCUUUAUCUGCCUUUC